CAACGAUACCCAUUGGGGCGAAGGUUGCAGUAAAAAGUGUGGUCGUUGUGCGGGAGGCGUACCGUGUGAUUCAAGAACUGGACAUUGUGAUGGGGGAUGUGAGCCUGGCUACAUGAACUCGCCAUUAUGUGAUAAAGCGUGCUUAAAUGGAAGGUGGGGCGAAGACUGCAAUCGUGUAUGCGGUCGUUGCCAGGGAAACACACUAUGUGAUAAGCGGACUGGAGAGUGUCCUGGAGCGUGUGAGCCUGGUUAUCAGACAACACGUUUAUGUGAUACACCGUGCUUAAACGGAAACUGGGGCGAUGGAUGCAAUCGACAAUGCGGUCGUUGCCAGAGACCCGGAAUAUGUAAUCCGCGGACUGGAGAGUGUCCUGGGACGUGUGAGCCUGGUUAUCAGACAACACGUUUCUGUGAUACACUGUGCUUAAAUGGAAGGUGGGGCGAAGACUGCAAUCGCCAAUGCGGUCGUUGCCAGGGAAACACACUAUGUGAUAAGCGGACUGGAGAGUGUCCUGGAGCGUGUGAGCCUGGUUAUCAGACAACACGUUUAUGUGAUACACACUGCCCACUUGGAAGUUACAGCGUUAACUGUUCCAAGCAAUGCCCUUGCCGUUUGGGCCCAUGCGACGGUGUUACUGGUGCAUGUGGAAAUGGUGGCUGUAAAGACGGAUGGACAGGAAUAGCGUGUAAUGAAAACUGCCCAUUUGGAAGGUACAGCGUUAAUUGUUCCAAGCAAUGCCAUUGCCGUGUGGGCCCAUGUGACGGUGUAACUGGUGCAUGUGGGAAUGGUGGCUGUAAAGACGAAUGGAGAGGAAUGGCGUGUAAUGAAAAAGUGGACGAAUGUGAAUCAUACCCUUGCCAAAAUGGCGCAACGUGCAACAACCGCCUUAACGUGUACACGUGCGACUGCCUCCCGGGCUGGACAGGAGAUAACUGCCAAAACGGGAACGGGCCGCAAUGUUACCCGGUCAAAGUUCCAGAUCACACUCAAAUAUCAAACAUUUGA